GAAUAGAAAGUUUCCCCGAUAGAGAAACAUUUUGCGUGAGGCACGAUUACGUGUUUUCGCAAUGAAGUAACACCUUGCGCGUAGUGUAUUAUUUUCACCAGAGACAACGAUCUAGGUCGUUACUCGCGCCGUGGUGAGAACUGAGAUGUGAUCGUCACUCGUUCGGCUCGUUAUCGUGAAUCGAAGACGUUGGCUUCCGCUGGAAACCGCCUUGUCAUUAAAUUUCCCGUGAAAUUUCACUCGUGCCCGAAGAGACAGAUCGCCAGGAUGGUUCACAAGCCGAAAGUGUACGUGAUCGGCGUCGGGAUGACCAAGUUCGAGAAGCCCGGCCGCAGGGAUGAUUUCGAUUAUCCGCAAAUGGCGAAGGAGGCGGUUACCAAGGCUCUGCGGGACGCAAGCGUGUCCUACAACAACGUGCAGGCCGUCUGCGUUGGGUACGUGUACGGCGACUCCACUUGCGGUCAAAGGGCAAUCUACGAGAUUGGACUCACUGGAUGUCCCAUUUACAAUGUCAACAAUAACUGUUCCACCGGCUCCACAGCUCUCCACCUUGGCAAACAGAUCGUUGAGAGCGGCAACGCGGAUUGCGUUCUAGCGCUUGGAUUUGAGAAAAUGGAGCGAGGCUCCCUAAUGUCCAAAUUUUCAGAUCGCACGAAUCCCAUGGAUAAGCAUGUAGAGCUCAUGGCAGAUAUCGCAGGUCUGUCCGAGAGUCCUAUCGCCGCUCAAAUGUUUGGCAAUGCUGGGAUCGAGCACAUGAAGAAGUAUGGCACAAAGCUCGAGCACUUUGCAAAAAUUGCAUAUAAGAAUCAUCUGCAUUCUAUAAACAAUCCAAAUUCUCAAUUUCAAGAGAAAUAUACCUUGCAACAAAUUAUGAAUUCUCCCAAAAUAUUUGGACCAUUAACGAAGCUUCAAUGUUGUCCCACUUCCGAUGGUGCAGCAGCUGUCAUUCUAGCUAACGAGGACUUCGUUCAUAAGCAUCAUCUGGAAUCACAGGCUGUCGAAAUCCUCGCCAUGGAAAUGUCCACUGACUUGUUGUCGACAUUUAACACUCAAUCGUGUAUGAAUAUUGUCGGAUAUGAUAUGACAAGAAACGCAGCUGAGAAAGUUUUCACAUUGACCCACUAUAGGCCAAGCGACGUAGAUGUAAUAGAGCUGCAUGAUUGUUUCUCUGCAAACGAGUUAAUAACUUAUGAAGCUUUAGGAUUGUGCGCUCCCGGUCAUGCCGGUAAAAUGAUAGACGCAGGCGAUAACACCUACGGUGGCAAGUAUGUUGUGAAUCCAAGCGGCGGUCUAAUCUCGAAAGGACAUCCUCUGGGUGCCACAGGAUUAGCACAAUGUGCUGAACUUACCUGGCAACUUCGCGGUGAGGCUGGCAAGAGACAGGUGCGGGACGCAAAAUUGGCACUUCAGCACAACAUAGGUCUGGGUGGUGCAGUCGUCGUGGCUCUCUAUCGCUUGGGCUUCCCGAAACAGGCGAUAAUCAGAAAAAACGUAAAUGUUGCCGCCGAUUCGAGUAUCUUCCAAGCGGAUGUGCUCUUCAAGACAUUGGCAAUUGCGAUGGAGGAAGAUGAUGAGAAGCUGAUUGAGAGAAUGCGUGGAAUUUACGGAUUUAAAGUUAUAAAUGGUCCUGGUGGCGCCGAAGGAUAUUGGAUUGUAGACGCAAAAACGGGCAAAGGCAAAGUCGAGUACAAUGGCAAAACCAAACCUGAUGUAACAUUCACGAUUAGCGACACCGAUAUUGUGGAUUUCAUUUCUGGAAAAUUAAAUCCGCAGAAGGCUUUCUUCCAAGGCAAGGUUAAAAUUCAAGGCAACAUGGGACUUGCCAUGAAAUUACCUGAUUUGCAGAAACGCGCCGCCAAAAAGAUCGAGUUGCUUCGCUCAAGAUUGUAAGAUGUUCAAAGUGCGGAGUUUGCUUUAUCUUUCCCUGAGUAUUUGGCUAUCAAUUAUGGCAAAAAUUAUUAUCGGCAGUUUCAUAAUUAUAAUACGUAAGUGUAUCAUGAAAUUCGGAUUCAAUGCAAAAAGUUAUCUUUAUAAAAUUGAUAAUAAAAUGAUUUCAUAUUAUAUUCUCGCAUAAAAUAUUCGCGUGCGGUAGUCUUGAUAUUUUAUGCGUACAAUCUGAAAUGAUAUUCGAAACAUAGU